GUUUUAUGAUAAAUUUAUAUUUAUCAUGUUAAAUUAUUUAUUAUCUGAUUGAUAUCAACUAACUUAUAUAUUGACAUGUUUAUUUAUUUCAACAAUUUAUUUAUUACCGUUAACUUAUGCAUUAGCAUCGUUAACUUAUGCAUUAGCAUAUUUAUUUAUCGUGAUAACUUGUUUAUCACGGUUAACUUAUGUGUUAUCGUGGACGUAAAAAACAAUAAAAUUUCAUUCUUCUCGGGUAUCCUCCUCUGUCGUCAUUCUUCCAAAUUUUCUUCUUCUUUCAUUGUCACCUGCAACUCCAACCCAUGUUCACCUGCAAAUUUCCUUUUUAUUUUCUUUAUCUUCGUCCUCUCCAUCUUCACUUUAAAUUACAAAACUAUAAUUUUUAUCCCAAAAUUCUUCAAAUUAAAAUUUUAAUCCAUCUAAACUCAUGUAAGUUCUCUCUAUUUUUAUGAAUCGUUUGGUGAUAAUUGUGUGUUACAUAUAAAAACAAUGAAUUUUAUUAACCAAAUGGAGAAUUGGAUAUAAAAUCUGUUUGAAAAAAAUGGAAAUGACGAUGAAGAAAGAAGAUGAUUUGGAAAGAGGAGGAUUUGGAAGAAAGACAAAUAUUCAAGUGUUUAGAAAAAGGGUAAAAUGGUAAAAACAUUAUUCUCUCUCUUGCUCACUUAAUUAAUAAAAAAGCAUGCAUACAGACUUAAUUCUUUGAUCUUCUAAGCAUAGAUAUUGAUAUUUGCCUAUAAAGUAAGCAAAAGGAAAAAGAAGAACAACAUAUGAGAGAUGAGACGUGAAGUACCAAACAAACACCAUUAUUACAGCUUCAGCUUCGUCUUCCUCUUCUUUUUCUUAAUUCUGUUCCCUGAUUUCUCUAUCUCUACCAACACUUUGUCAGCUACAGAAUCUCUGACUAUUUCAAGCAACAAAACCAUUGUGUCUCUGGGUGAUGUCUUCGAGCUUGGUUUCUUUACAAUCCUUGGUGAUAGUUGGUAUCUUGGGAUUUGGUACAAGAAAAUCCCUGAGAAAACCUAUGUUUGGGUUGCAAAUAGAGAUAAUCCUAUCUCUACUUCCACUGGAAUCCUCAAAAUCUCCAAUGCUAACCUUGUCCUCCUAAAUCACUUUGAUACCCCUGUUUGGUCAACCAAUCUAACGGCAGAGGUGAAAUCUCCAGUGGUGGCAGAGCUUCUGGAUAACGGAAAUUUCGUGCUAAGGGACUCCAAAACCAAUGGCUCAGAUGAAUUUUUGUGGCAGAGCUUUGAUUUCCCGACAGAUACUUUACUACCGCAGAUGAAGUUGGGUCUGGAUCACAAAAAAAGGCUCAACAAAUUUCUUCGUUCCUGGAAAAGUUCAUUUGAUAUGUCAAGUGGGGAUUAUUUGUUCAAAAUCGAAACUCUAGGGCUACCUGAGUUUUUUAUUUGGAUGAGUGACUUUAGAGUGUUCCGGAGCGGCCCUUGGAACGGAAUCCGAUUUAGCGGCAUGCUGGAGAUGCAAAAAUGGGACGACAUUAUUUAUAAUUUAACGGAGAAUAAAGAGGAGGUCGCUUUCACUUUCCGACCAACUGACCACAACCUCUACUCGAGAUUGACAAUAAAUUACGCGGGGUUAUUACAGCAAUUUACCUGGGAUCCGAUAUACAAAGAAUGGAACAUGUUAUGGUCUACAUCAACGGACAACGCGUGUGAGACCUAUAAUCCUUGUGGUCCUUACGCUUACUGUGACAUGAGCACGUCACCAAUGUGUAACUGUGUCGAAGGGUUUAAACCGAGGAACCCGCAAGAAUGGGCGUUGGGAGACGUGAGGGGUAGAUGUCAAAGGACGACACCAUUGAACUGCGGUAGAGAUGGCUUUACACAGCUGAGGAAAAUAAAGUUGCCAGAUACUACGGCAGCGAUCGUGGACAAGAGAAUUGGGUUUAAGGAUUGUAAAGAGAGGUGCGCUAAGACUUGUAAUUGUACUGCGUUUGCUAAUACCGACAUUCGAAAUGGUGGUUCAGGUUGUGUGAUUUGGAUCGGAAGGUUUGUGGAUAUCCGAAAUUAUGCUGCCGAUGGUCAAGAUCUUUAUGUUAGAGUGGCCGCUGCUAAUAUCGGGGACAGAAAACACAUUAGUGGACAAAUUAUAGGUUUGAUUGUUGGAGUAAGCUUGCUGCUUCUUGUGAGUUUCAUCAUGUACUGGUUUUGGAAAAAGAAACAGAAGCAAGCAAGAGCAACUGCAGCUCCUAAUGUGUAUCGCGAGAGAACUCAACAUCUAACCAAUGGGGUGGUAAUAUCCAGCGGGAGACACUUGUUUGGCGAGAACAAAACAGAGGAAUUGGAACUUCCACUCACGGAGUUUGAAGCUGUUGUUAUGGCAACCGAUAAUUUCUCUGAUUCCAACAUACUUGGACAGGGUGGUUUUGGUGUCGUGUACAUGGGAAGGUUACCUGACGGGCAGGAGAUUGCUGUGAAAAGACUAUCAAUGGUGUCACUGCAAGGGGUCAAUGAGUUCAAGAACGAGGUGAAGCUGAUCGCGAGACUUCAACACAUAAAUCUUGUUCGACUUUUUAGUUGUUGUAUCUACGCGGAUGAGAAGAUAUUGAUCUAUGAGUACUUGGAGAAUGGAAGCCUCGAUUCUCAUCUCUUCAAAAAAGUCCAAAGCUCUAAGCUAAACUGGCAAAAGAGAUUCAACAUUAUUAAUGGUAUUGCUCGAGGACUUUUGUAUCUUCACCAAGACUCACGGUUUAAGAUUAUCCAUAGAGAUUUGAAAGCGAGCAAUGUCUUGCUUGAUAAAGAUAUGACCCCAAAGAUAUCGGAUUUCGGGAUGGCUAGGAUAUUUGAAAGGGAAGAGACGGAAGCUAGCACCAAGAAGGUGGUUGGAACAUACGGUUACAUGUCUCCAGAAUACGCAAUGGACGGGAUAUUCUCAGUAAAAUCGGAUGUCUUCAGCUUUGGGGUAUUGGUUCUUGAAAUUGUCAGUGGAAAGAGGAACAGAGGAUUCUACAACUCGAACCAGGACAAUAAUCUUCUUAGCUACACGUGGGAUCAUUGGAAGGAAGGAAAAUGGCUAGAGAUCGCCGAUCCAAUCAUUGUAGGCACAUCAUCAUCAUCGUCAACGUUCCGACCACACGAAGUCUUAAGAUGCUUACAGAUUGGUCUCUUAUGUGUUCAAGAGCGUGCAGAGGACAGACCAAAGAUGUCUUCGGUGGUUUUCAUGCUAGGAAAUGAAAAAGGGGAAAUACCUCAGCCUAAACCGCCUGGUUAUUGCAUCGGAAGAAGUUUUCUUGAGACUGAUUCGUCAUCCAGUACACAACGCAAUGAAUCUUCGACAAUAAACCAAUUCACUGUCUCGGUCAUCAACGCUCGGUAAUUGGAAGAAGCUACUGAGCCAGUUCUUCGUUUCAAGAUUUCUAAAGUGAGUGAUAUAAGAAUCAAUAUGUAAAAGAAGAAAUUCUCAUUAGCUAGUUAAUAUUACUACAGAUUUGGUAUUUCUACAUUAAAAUUGUAUUCUAUAAUUGUUUUGCUGCGACUAUGUUUAUGUCCAAACUUGUAUUUGGCGGCAGCAUUAUAAAGCACUAGUAUUAUGGUUC